AUGCACGUCGACGUCGCCGACGUGGACCUCAAUGACCUGGACGAGUCAGACUACCUGCUCAUGGACGAGCGCUUCAUCCUCAACCAAUCGUUGAGAGCCGAUAUGAAGAUUGUCAUUGCCGAGAUCGGCAACUUUGUCCUGCCGACGAUCAUGGGCCAGGUCGCCAUGCAUGCGGAGCGCAAGGCGGCAAAUGAGGCUGGAGAAAACGCGCCGCCCGUCAUGCCGGCCGAGCUCGUCAAGGAGAUCAUCGGCCGACAUAUGAACCCCCUGAACAUGUUCUCGACGGCCGACGCAUCUACGCGACCGAGGAGGAGCAUCGCCGCCUACCGCAACGAGCGGAAUUUCCAGUCGAGCAUUGACGGGCAUGAUCACACGACCGAGUUCAACGACGCCUGGCGCCUGUUCAGCGCCGGUGGACGGUUCGAGCUUAUGAGUCGGUUCUGUGUCGGGUUGGCUACCGCGCUCCCCAACACGACGUCGUUCGAGUCCGACUUUUGCAUUCUCAAGUGGGAAAAGGACGCGUAUCGCGAGAACCUCCUCGACCUCUCCUUGGAGGGCAUCUUCCACGCGAAGCAAUUCGACCUGUUGGGCUCGUUGUGA